AUGCCAAAGUCAAUUAAAAUUGACCAAUUUCGUUACAUGACAAAUGAAUCGUGGCGUGUCCUAAUGGCCGUUGAAAUGGGCAUGAAGAACCAUGAAUUUGUACCCAUCGAUUUGGUGCACAAAAUCUCUCGUUGUUCGCGUCGCAGCUCUGCUUUUUUGAAGCUUCUCCGUGAUGACCUAGUUCCCCAUGGGUACUCAGGAUAUCGGCUUACAAAUCUCGGAUAUGACUAUUUGGCUUUGAAUACACUAACAAAGUCUGGCCAGGUGAUUGAUUUGGGUUCCAUGAUAGGAUCUGGGAAGGAAUCCGAUGUUUAUCUUGCCCUUGCUGGUGACUUGUGUGGUAGACAAGGCGACGCGACGGAAGAAAAAUACGCAGCGGUUGACCAAAAUUUGCGGCCAGAUCUACCCUCAAAAGGUGAUUACAUUGUUAUAAAGUUCCACCGUUUGGGUCGAACCUCGUUCAGGAAGGUGAGGGAGAAGCGAGAAUAUCAUCAGCAUAGAAACACUUGUUCUUGGCUUUAUCUCGAUCGGCUAGCAGCUAAACGCGAAUAUGAGAUGAUGCGGAUGCUUUAUCACCACGGGCUGCCAGUGCCGUGUCCAUUGGCGAACAACCGCAAUGCGGUGGUGAUGAGUCUCUUGAUGGACAUGGUGCCUCUCUGCAAGGUCUUACCCACCAUCCUCCGUGCCGAUGACGCUGUCCUUGCUAGCACGCUGUACGCUCAGGCUGUGGACAUUCUUGAUAACAUUACUCGCAACGGUCUUGUUCAUGGCGACUUCAACGAGUUCAACCUCCUUGUACAUGGAUUGGUGCAAGAUGGUGGCGAUGAUGGGGCUGAUGUAAAAACCGCGACGACGGUAGCGACUGAACCCAAGCUGUUUCUCAUAGAUUUCCCUCAGAUGAUCAGUCGAAAUCAUCCGACUGCUCAGGAGAUAUACGAGCGAGACUUGAACGGGAUCAUCAGUUUCUUUAGCAGAUUCCUUGAGAUCUCUCCGGCAGACACCCCUCCUCGCUCUCUCACUGACAUCCCCCGAACUGGACACAUGGAUGUGGAGUUGAAAGCUCCAGGCUACCCCAACCAACGGUCUCAAAAGAGGAACAAAAUUGGCUCUCAUCGAGUAUCCAUGGACGACUCAGAGCUCCUUGUUGGCACAGUUGCGGCUCUCGCGCUCAGCAAUGAAGAUACUGGUCCAGAAACAGACGCAAGCGAAGAGGUGGAUAGUGACGGAGACGUCCAUGACGAGGUCUCAACGUCCAAUGCAUCCCAAGCAUCUCAUUCAGAAGAUGACGACGAAUCCCUGCUGAAAAGCAACUUCACUACUGAUACUAACGUCGUUAAGGGAAGAAAGAAUGCCCAAACAGUACUCAGUCGUGAGGAAGUGAGGGAACGAAAGAAACGAGAAGAAAGAAAACGGCUUCAGAAUGAGUUUCGUCUGAGGAUCAAGCGUCAGGAGCGCGCCAGUGUCAAAAGUAAGGGUCGAGCAGAAAUAGCAACGGAGGCACGGCUUUUCAUCUAA